AUGGCGAUGAAACGUUUCAUGACUUCGGCGGUGGUUAUGGCGGCAGUUGCUGCUGCCAUGCCCUUUGGCCGCCCCUUUGAGAAGCGAGACCCUGUCACCACUAUUACUCUCACUAUGGCCUCUACCUACACUACAACUCUUGCACAUGCUACACCCGCCACGCCCACGACAACUUCAGUGCCCGAUUCCAAUGCCUAUUUGCCCCAUACUGAUGACAACUGGCUUGGUGGUUAUUGUGGAUCUAGUAACUGUGGUGGUUCAAGUGGUUCAAGUGGUUCAAGUGGCCCAGGCGGCCCAGGAGACUCAGGAGGCUUGGGGGGCUCGGGUGGCUCUAGACUCCCUGGCGUCUCAUACGCCCCUUUCCGCGCUGACCAUCAGUGCAAGACGAAGGAUGAGAUCAUGCAUGAUAUGACUCGGCUGGCGGAAGACUACUCUCUCCUCCGUAUCUAUGGCACAGAAUGCGACCAAGUCGCAAAUGUGUACUCUUGUGCCAAGAGCCAUGGUAUGAAGGUCUUUCUUGGCAUUUGGGACAUCGAUGAUGUCCAGGCCGAGGCCCAGAAAAUCAUUGACGGUAUUGCUGGCGAUUGGAGUAUAGUGGACACUAUCAGCGUCGGUAACGAACUUGUCAACCAGAACAUCGCCAGCCCCGCGAAGGUGAUUGCAGCCCUCAAGCAGGCUCGUGCUCUACUUCGAGGUGCAGGCUACCAAGGCCCUGUUGUCACUGUUGAUACCUUCGUGGCUGCUAAUGCGAACCCAGAGCUCUGCACCGAAAGCGACUACUGUGCUGUGAACGCCCACGCCUUUUUUGACCCUAAUACUUCUGCCGAGGAGGCUGGCAAGUGGCUGUCUGACACCGUCGAAGGGCUAAGGUCCAAAAUUCCUGGAAACAAGCGCAUUGUUGUAUGCGAGACUGGCUGGCCAACACAGGGCAACGCCAACGGCAAGGCUGUCCCUGGCAUGGAUCAACAAAAGGCCGCUCUUGGGUCUAUUCAAGAGGCAUUUGCUGAUCACCUGGAGGAUUUAAUUCUCUUUUCUGCCUUCGAUGAUCUUUGGAAGAAGGCCGAGGCUGCCACUUUCAUGGCUGAGCAACACUGGGGUAUUGGAGGCAGGAAAUCGUCUUCUAACUAG